AUGGUUCAAUGCUACUGUUGUGAUAGGUUUGACCACUUUGCUAAGGAUUGUUGGUCAAACAAGGAAAAUAAGUCAGAAGAAGAAAACAUAACCAGAGGAGAUUUUGAUGAUGAACCUGUGUUAUUUAUGGCUUAUGAGUCUAAUGAUGAUGAACCUAUGAGAUUGACAAUUUUUUAUUCUAAAGGAGAUUCUGAGUAUGACUCAGAGUCAGAAGAUGACUAUGAAUAUGAAGUCGAGUCUGAUUUUGAAUAUGAGUCUGAAUCUAAAGGUUCUGAAGAAGAGUCAGAAUCUGAGGGUUCUGAAGAUGAGUCAGAGUCAGAAGAUGACUCUGAAGUUAAAGAUGACUUAGAGUCUGAAGGUGACUCUGAAGAUGAAGAAGACUCUGAAGGCGAGUCUGAUUUUGAAGGUGAAUCUGAUUCUGGUCUAGAAUCUGGAGGUCAUCCAAACUCUGAAAAUGGAGCUUAUGGAGUUGGAGUUAUUGAAGGAAGAGCUUUUGAAGGUGGAGGCUCUGAAGGUGAUCCAACAUCUGAGGGUGGUCAAGCAUCCGAUAUUGUUCAGAAUGAUAAGGAGAUUUUGAACAAAGUUGACAAAAUAAGUAUUUCUGGAUAUUUGUUUAAGUAUCUGGCAAGUCAUAUUUCUUGCUGUUCCAAGAAGCAACCAGUUGUUGCUUUGUCAACCUGUGAAGCUGAAUAUAUUUCAGGUGUUGUGGCUGCAUGUCAAGCUGUUUGGCUUCUGAAUUUACUGCAGGAUCUAGAUCAAGGUAAACAAGCCUCUGAAGUUGAUGAUUGA